AUGGUUUGCACUUUAGGACAGGACUUUCUUAAAGCCACUCCCUCACUGGAAUCUUUUCUGAAGGCUUUAACAACGGAAGAGAACCAAGAUCUCACUUUCAGUGGUUUGGCAGUAGUUUCAAAAAUGGCUAAUUCUUGUCAGCCAUUAGUUGAUGUGGGAAGGGCAAGAGUUCAACUCAACAAAAUAGCGCUUAUCGCGAUAAAGAAGGAUUUUGCCACAACAUGUUCGUUGUGCGAUGUGGCAGAAAGAGCGCAGCACGCUGGAUACUCUAUGGGGAUAUUUUCUUCUAAUCCACGGCUGCUCGAGAGAAAUUGUAGCGUAAAAACGGCAGAUAAGCUACUAAUUCCUGUUGUUUAUGGCAAACUGUGUCAAAACACGUCAUACGAUUUACAGCUUAAUAAAGAGUAUAAUGAAAACAUGUGUUCUGUAUUUUCAGCUGCAGACUUAAAAGAUGUUCAUGUGAGAGUUUCAGCUGCCUCAAAGGACCUCGAAACGAUGGAAAAGUAUUUGGAGAAACUUUACUUCUGGUUUCUCUUGGGUCCAAUUAUCACAUUGGAAUGGCUCCGACGAAAAAGGAAGCUUUGUUGUGCGACAACGGCGUCAGUCGACGAGGAGUCUGGUAACGAGGGAGUAGCUGAAGAGAGUCGAGAACAUUAUAUCCAACCCGAGACAAGUGCGGAUAAUGAAGGUGAAUUACGACCUCUAAUCCGCGCUGAGAGUAACACUCGAACUGAUUAUGAUUCGACAAUAAGUAAUAACAUGCGUAUUUUAAGAAUGAUAGAGCGUAUAACGAAGGUAUUUCGAAUAAUUAUUCGCUACCUACCAGUUGGUCUUGUUUACGUGCUUCUCACUCUGGCAGCGCUCCCUGUAGGUAUAUCAAGUGGGGGAUUAUCUUUUUUUCGAUUUGAUGAAAACGAAGAAAAUCGACCAAGGAAUUUUUGGGACGUUGCUCUGCAGGACAAGUAUAGACCCAAUGAUGAUGAAAAGAAUUCCUUGAAUGCUCGGAUAUCGUACUUUGUCACUGUAUGUUGGCCAGUCGUUCAAAUGUUUAGUUUUUUCAUGUACAGUAGGUUUGCUUGUAAGAGAACCUGGACCGUUUCAACGAACCUUUCAAAGCUUAUCAGAAGUGAUUGGUUUUCAUCCAACAUGUACUUGCUCGUUCUUUGCGUGAUCAUACCGUAUAGUACGUAUAGGUCCAAAAAACAAAUACGGAAUAUUAAUAAUUCAGGCGCCGAUUGGCAGUUUUUCUAUUUUACAGUGUGCAAUGUUAUGUACACAGUUUCCAAUUUUCUUUUUAUUAUCAUCCUCAACAAACACAAAGUUGUCACAAGGUAUGUGUUCUACAUCAGUGUUUGUAUGAUCUGUGCUUAUGUUGAAAGUGACAUAGUAGCUGUGUUUUAUUUCAUCCUCAAUUCUCAAGGCGCCCUGAACAACUUAAAACUCACCGUUCUUCGCACUGGAGCACUUGGCCUCACUUUGACUUUGAGUUUCAGUUCUUCAAUGCACAUAAUCCGCAAACUGAUGAAGCCACAGGAGUCUGUAUUCGAGGGACUGUCAGAGAAAUGA